AGGUACUUUUUCGUGGGCUUCUAAGCCUCAGUCUUGUGUUGAUAAAUGCAAAGGAUCCCGAGUUACCAUUAUGUCCAACGAACAUGGAGUAUUUCCCACAGAAUUUACCAAUGCAUUGCCGUUUACCAGGAACAGUGCUUCCUUUUUCGCCACCCGUAUACCCAAACCCAGAAAUAGGUAAACAACCAAUGCCGAUUCCAAUGCCAAGAAUGCCUGGCCUAAUACCUGGAUCAAUACCUGGAAUGAUGUCUGGGCAGAUUUCUGGAUCCAUGCCCAUGCCAAUGGCACCCAUGCCUCCAGGACCAGCGCACAAACUUCCUGUAAUAGUAAUGCCAUUUUAUUCACCCGACACAUCUGGCAAAAAUCCUCAAAUAUCACAUCAAGUUAGACCAAGAAAACGCAAACAUCCUAUAAGAAAAAGAAGGCCAAAAUACUAUACUUCCGACGAAGACAGUACUGACACUGACUCGUCAACGGACACAGAUGAUUCUACCGAUACCUCUUCCGAACGUGGCUUAUGGAGAGACCCUAGAAUAGGUAGAAGAUCCAACAGACAUCACAAAUCUAAAAGAAAGAAACAUCAAGGAAACAAUGAAGUUCUUACUCCGAUUUUGCAGUAUGUUACUAAAGAUGGAUACGUUAUAUUUGAAAAACAGAUAUCAAAAGGUGAAGCUAAAGAUUGGUUAGUAAGUAAAGGCGAUAACAAAAAUGCGAUAGAAACUUUAUCUCCUAUGAAAGAGGACGAUAUUGAAAAUAGCGUUGGAGAAACUGGAAAUAAUAACGGGCAUACUAAAGUCUUAAUUAAAGCCGUAGAAGAAAUUGAAGUUAAAACAGAGUUGAAUCCUCAUAAAUUGUAUAAAACGAAAAACGUUAAACGAAAACAACUUAGAAAAAAAGGGAAACAAUAAUUUUAUUUCAUAUUUUUAUACGUUUUUAUCAUUUUUAUUAAAUAUUUUGCAACUGUA